AUGAUCAAGGCAAUCUUCUACAGCAAAUUCGACACGCAGGAGGGUCCCAAGGUUGUUCACCAAGUCCCCGAUGGAGCGAUCGUUCCGUCCGCCACAGCCCAGUCGCAAGAUCUGUAUCUCACCUUCUCCGAUAUCUCGUUCUUCGUUAUACCCCGCCAGGAGCUCUGCGGUAAUCUGCUCCAGGUCUGCACAAAUGGAUACCGAAUUCUGGGAUACCCAAUCUGCAUGAAGUCUCCUCGCUAUGACAGAAAUGAGUUUAUUUUCAAUUUCUGUCUGGUGCUUUCCGAAGAGGAUGACUUCAGUACAUACAAGAGUGUGGUCCAGAAGUUGGCCGACUUGAUGCAUGCCCUAGAAGAACAGAGUGGGUUCUUGUCGCGCGAUUUCUCAAAAAGCGGCGAGGGCAAAGUAUACAGUCUCUGUGAGAUGUUGAUGGAGGAUCUCAACAAUUACUGCGAGUGCAUGAUCCCUAUCGACGAGCUUAACACAUUGAACAUAAAGCUCUUCCCCAUAUACCCAUCCCCACCAGCCGUCAAGGCCUGGUACGUCCCACUCUUCACAGUACGCUAUCAAGCUUUCAUGGACGAGAACUGGGACCUAACCAUGCAACGAGUCGUCCCACACAUCAACGGCGUGAACAGCAUCCGCAUAAUAUCCACCCUAGCAGAUACCGACUUCUCCCUAACAUGUCGCGCAAUCCGCCACCUCCUAUACUACGGCUGCGUCUUCCUCCUAGACAUCUUCUCCUUCUCAGCAAUAUAUGCCCCAACAGCCCAAUUCAGCACAACAAUCGCUUCAGACGAAGCAAUGCAACUCGAAUGUGCCCGCUACGUAAACACACGCUUCGCUCCCCAGAACCCUCUCGCCCCACCUACAUCUCUACCACCCGUAACAGCAGCUCUCGCCACAAGCAUCAGUACAACAACACCGAGCAUUCCUCCAGGCUCACUUCCAAGCCAACUAAUAGAUCCGGCCUCGAGCAUCUCAGUCUCCCGUGACGAAUCCCGGUUCGAUGCAGAGGAAAUCUGGCCCGUACUAGGCGAUGAAGAAGACAUACCUGGAGGAAGAGCGAGAGCAAGCUCAACAACACCUACAUCCGCGCAUCAUCUUGAUAUCGAUCCUUCCGAAACGCUUCCACAGGCUACACCUGUUGUCGAUGGUGUGGGUAUUGUAGAGCUCUACGCAGCUCUAAAACAAGGCCAAAGUAUAAAGCAGUGGUACUCGUCACAUAGUCGGGAACUAGCAAAUAUCGACAUAAGACGCUUCAUAACCUUCGGUGUGAUAAAGGGUUUUCUAUACCGUGUACAUAAGUACGCGAUAGCAACUGGGAAACCCGCAGCAGGACCACGGAAUUCCUCGCUUCUUCCUGGGCCGAAUGGAAAUGGGAGUGGUAAUGUUCUCUCCACGCCAGGGACUAUGGCAAACACACCAGCGCAGCUAUCAGCUGGCCCGUCAUCCCGUACGACGACAGGGAAUAAUACGCCGUAUGCGGCGUCUAGUGUUGGGGAGGAGGCGCCUAUUGCGUCGAUGGGGAGACAGGGUGUGGAGAGCCAUGAGCGUGCGGGGAGCUUUCAUAGUGGGGGGAGGAGUGGGAAUGUGCCCUUGACAGGGCUUUUUGAGGAGGAUGAAGAGGAUUGGUUUGAUGAGAGGGUUUUUGGAAGGUAUCUUGAUGGGGAACAUUGUUUGGAUCAGAUUUGUACGGAGUUGGAGGUUAGUGAGAGGGAGUUGACGGUGAGGUUGAAGAGGUAUCCUGGGGAGGUAUUGAUUGUUCAUCGGUGA